GACCGUCCUGUCACUCAGUCGGGUGACAUAUUCCUUACGGAUAAACAAACCCUCUGUCCCAUGGCUCCAAGGAUCUCUGGGAGCUAACGGUGUCACAGUUUCGCGUAGUUUUAAUGUUCACAAAUAGGUGAUUGGGGUCCAUUACGUUUCAAUCCGCUAUGAGUGGCCUGGUCUGACAACUGCAUGCUGCAUGUCUGACAAGCUGUCCAUCAACCAACCUCAUUCAUAUCAGCUUGCGAUCCACUAUAAAGAGAUGACAGUAUCAUCUUUGCAUGCUCGGCUGUGACUGUGGCACAAUGAAAAAAGACGGAGAUAACUCUUUGGUAUUGUCGUCUAAGAAACCUCAUCUAGCCAAGACCAACAAUGGACUGGAGCUGGAAACAUUACGUGCUGCUGUGGAAGUAGAGGAGGAGCAAACAGACCAGACCAUCCCUGUGGAGCUAAGGCACCUACAGGAACCGCUGAAGUCUGUUAGGCAAGUGACUUCAAGACAUGUGUGCCAAAAAAAGAGACACUCCAGCAGUCAGCGGUGUCCCUUUAAUGGCAGUACCAUUGAUACGUUCAGCUCCGCACGCAAAACACAAAAAAAUCUGGAGCAGCUGUUGCUGAUGUUGUCUGGAAAGCUAAAUAGUGAGCAGGAAGUCUCUAAAUUACAAAGGCAAGAAUUGGAGCUAGAAAAAGCCGUCAUACUGUGCCACCUGUUAGAAACCCACCAAGAUUUUUUGCACAAAAGACAAAUUGCAAGACAUUUAACCCAAAAUAGCAGCAGCAUCAGUCAGAUCGUGCCUCAGUUGACCCACUCUAGGACCUCGCAGCGUGGAUCCAAAACUGCCUCUUGUUCAUCCCAAAAGAAAACCAAACCGGACCAUUCGAUACAACAGUCAGCAAGCAAUGACUUGUUGGGAGUGGACGCCUGUACUGCAAGUGUGGAAGUGGACACCUGUUGGAGCAGUGCUCUAAAAAUCUGUCACCCUCAUAACACUCCCCAUGCACAGUGCAACGACCAGCUAUCCUACCACACACAGUCCACUGGGUCAGACGAGUCCCCUCCCUUCAAAUGUGUGGACACAAACAUGGAGAAUGGUGCAGACUACCGGUUUCUGGUACGACAGAACUUUGAACUCUUGCGAGCUCUGGAUGAGCUUAAGAAGACAUGCAACAUACUGAGGGAGGAAAAUUGCCUAUUGCGAAGGAGCAGUGCUCCAGAAACAGAGGAGAAGGUCAGGCGGCUGAGGAGGAAGAACACCGAAUUGGCGGUGCUUGCCAAAAGGCUAGAAGAGAGGGCCCGGAAAUUACAGGAUGCUAACCUCAAAAUGGUGAGUUCUUCCUCACUGAUCAGACCCGGAUCAGUGGAACAGUACAAGAGGGCUUUUGCACGACAGCGAGCACGUGACCUGGCCCAACAUGCGGACGCACUAUUGUGCAAGGAUAAGGAGAUCGCUGCACUGCAGCAUGACUUGAGGGAACUGGAGGCACGACUGGGCUCUGCCAAAGGUUCCCCUGUGCAGCAGGACAGAGUGGAAUUUGAGAAACUUCUCCGGGAGUCUCAGAGAGAAGUUCUUCGGCUCCAAAGGCAGCUGGCCAUCACCUCAACCGGGCAGCACCAAAACCACAAUCCUGAUCCUGGUGGUCCAGAGAAGGCACUUGCUAAGGUGGAGGUUGUGCAAGAGGAGGUUGUACGAGAGACCCCGCGUGUGCCAUUAGAUGAAUCUCUAUCGACGUGUGAGAGGACUCCUGGAGAGGAGGAGGAGGAGUCGGGCCUGCCAGUGACGCCCCACGUGGGCCUCGGCCUCACCCCCUCCCAUCAGGACAAAAAUUCAGAGAAGAAUCUUCAGUAUCUGGAGAGUGAGCUGACAAAGAAGAGAAAAGAAUGUGAACAUUGUGAGCAUGAAGCAAAGAAGCGGCAGAAAAAAUGCCUUGAUUUGGAAAGCCAGCUUGAGGAUGAGAAAAGCAAAAAUGAGAAAUUAAAGGAGGAGGCAGAUCUCCUCAGGAGGAAGGCACAGCUGCUCGACCAGACUCGAGUUGAGAAUGAGGAGUUGAGGGAAGAACUCUCUAAAGUGACCGCUCAACACAAUUCAGUUCUCGAGGAGAACCAGAGACUCUGUGCCAAACUGGAGAACUUAGAGCAGGUCCUAAAGCAUAUGCGAGAGGUCGCUGAGCGAAGGCAGCAGUUAGAAUUGGAACAUGAGCAGGCUCUGGCUAUCCUUAAGUUCAAGCAAGAUGAAAUCAAACGGUUACAGCGGGCUCAAUUGUUUGCCAAGAGGGAGCAUGAAGGCGUGGUCCAGAUGUUGGAGGAGUUGACUCAGCUUGUGUUGCGGAGGGAGCUGAGUACGCUGGAUUGCAUGCAGUCGAAGGUGCGAGAUCUGGAGGAGAAGUGUCGUAGCCAGAGUGAACAGUUUGGCUUGUUGUCCCGAGAGUUGGAGAAGUUCCGACUGCAGGCCUCCAAGACGGACCUUGCUGGCGCCGGCCUUCUUAACCACCCCAGCCUCUCUGUUUUGACAAAUGGAGUGGGCCUGUCUACAGAGCGAGACUGCACAGAUGGCUCAUGGGAUAUGGAGUCUCUGAGUGAAAUAGCCUUCUGGAGUCUCGAGGGAGGUGACACUCUCUCAUGCCCUGAGGAUGUGGCUGCUGCACUACGUUUGGGGACCACUCCUCAUGCCGCAGGGCUCUCCAGGGUGGAGCGUUCGCCGAUCACCAAGCAUCGAGAACUUCCCACAAUUAGUGUCAGCAAGUCAUCCUCCAGCAAGUCUGAGACCGCAAACAUCACCCCGAAGUCAGACACCCACCUUAGUCCGCACAAAUCAAGCCCAACUCAUGAGGUGGACACAGCCAGUGAGGUGGAGGAGCUGGAUGUUGACAUGGCCCCUGCACCUUACGCUGCCAGCAGAGGAGCGUCAAAACUCCAGGUUUUUAUUGCACGAUACAGCUAUAAUCCUUAUGAUGGCCCCAAUGAUAACCCUGAAAUGGAGCUACCACUCACUGCUGGAGAGUACAUCUAUGUGUAUGGAGGCAUGGAUGAUGACGGCUUCUAUGAAGGCGAGUUGGUAGAUGGAAGGAGAGGGCUGGUCCCCUCUAAUUUUGUGGAACGCGUAUCGGACGAUGAUGUCAUGGGUACUCAUCCACCAGAAAUUGGUGACGUUACCCACAACUCCUUGCUAGACAGUAGUUUGCACAGUGCCAGCCACCAGCAUCACCUCCACACAAGUGUCCGCGCCUCAGAUAGGAUAGAGGCCUCUUCUAUCUCUGGCCCUGCCUCAGCCUCUUCCAAUUCGGCCUUGGCUGUCCCAGCCCCCCUCACCAAUGGCCUGGACUUGGAUUUGGAGGAGGUGGGAGUGGACACUGUGCCUUACCCACGUAGGCUUACCCUCAUCAAGCAGCUCGCCAAGAGCAUCAUCAUCAGCUGGGACCCUCCGUUGGUGCCCGCUGGGUGGGGCAAUGUGUGGAGUUAUAAUGUGUACGUGGACCAGGAGCUUCGGCUUAACGUGCCCUUCGGUGCCCAAACCAAGGCAGUACUUGAGAGGCUGGACAUCAACCUCAAGGCCUAUCGGGUAUCUGUACAGAGCCUGACUGAAAAGGGCCUCUCGGACCAGCUCCGCUGCAGUAUGCUCAUUGGUAGGGAUGUUUGUGUGGCCCCUACACAGCUGCGUGUGGACAGGGUCACCGCCACCUCUGCCAACCUGUCUUGGCUACCCAGUAACAGCAACUACGUGCACAUUGUGUCCUUGAACGAGAAGGAAUGUGAGCUGGUCAAGGCUGGCUGCUAUUCGCUGUGCCUCAAUAACCUCUUACCCAGCCUGCAGUACACGGUCAAAGUGGAGGCGCGCCCACACCGUACGCCUUGGGAGUUACCCGCGGAGCGACGAGAACGCAGAAGUGCCAGUAUCAACUUCAGCACACAUACAGCAGUUUCAUGCCCACAGUCUGGAAACACAGGCCCUCCUGAUGCUCCACUUGACGUACAGUUGGACCACGGUCCUUCACCGGGUAUUGCCCUCGUCAGCUGGCUGCCGGUCACUAUCGAUUGCACUGGAACCUCCAAUGGAGUGCGUGUUACAGGAUACACGAUAUAUGCAGAUAAGAAAAAGGUGCUGGAGGUGUCUUCUCCAACAGCUGGUAGUGCUUUGCUGGGCCCCUCUCAGAUCCAGUCCCUCCAGGCAGCUGAGGAGCUCACUGUUCGCACCAUGUCUGUACACGGGGAGUCUUGUGACUCUUUUCCAGUCAACGUCCCCUCUAAGAUAGCUGCUAUUAUGGCCGGGCCAGUCGCAACCGCCCCAGUAGUGCCACCCCUCUCGUGCAAGCCCGUAGGGCCUACCGACCUGUCUUCGUUGCUUACUUUCGGAAACUCUGCUGCCAAAGUCUCCGCGCUGCCCUGCCCGUCACCUCAAGAGAGACAAAUUUCUGGCCUCGCGGUGGAGUCUGCCAACAUCUGUCCUGUCCCGCACUCAGAAGUGUCAUCCGCCUCAUUUGUAAAAGCCUGGGCCGACCCGACGUCUGCUCUCACGGAUACGUGUGAGGCUACAGUACCUGUGACAAAACUCACCACCCCAGUGAUUAACGUGACAUCCCCUACUUCAUCGGCUCCUCAAGCGCCUCCUGUAUUAGCAUCCACACAGACACCAGAGGUGGUGCCAGCGGUCACUUUGGACCCACGCAGAGAUGCAGACAGCCCUGGAACUAUACGUCCCUUUCCAUCCAUAACGGAGUUCAUUGAGGAUCCCUGUGCCAAACUAGGAACGCCGGAGCGUAUCCCCACACCUCCCAAAGCUCCUAUCACUGACCUUCUUAACCCUCUGGACACAUUAGUCCUGCGACCUCCCAGUACGUCUCCACUGGACUCUGAGGUUGAGGAGGAACAAGAGAACAAGCGCUUAGUGUCAAUCGAGGAGUUUUUGAGACAAGACCAGGAUCCAGUUUACACAAGGACGCAACAGAGCUAUGAAAGAGGUUUGGUCGAGCCACCCAGUGACUACCUAGCUGACAACAGCCGCUCAGACCUUUCUGACAUCCUAGAAGAAGAAGAAGAGGAACUUUACUCUGAUCAGCUUGUUGAUGCGCCCGCCAGGGGAUACACAGUUACAGCCAGCAGGUUAACCAAAUCGGAGCCAUCAGACAGCGAUGAAGAUGUUCUUGAGAGGAUCCUCAAGUUACCCCCUCAGGCGUUCCGCAGCAAGCAGCUGUUCAGUAUUCCUGAGGUGACUGAAGAAGAGGAUGGUGGUCGAAAAGAGCCUUUACCUCACCACGUACAGAUUCAAAUGCGACCCAGCCACCUUCAUGCCAGUGAUGCAGAACACCUUGCUCCCACUCCACAGUGUCACCGCCAUUCACAUGUUCCCCCUCAGCACCACCACUUCAAUAGAUCCCUCACCAGGCAAGGACCCUUACAGGUCAAGCCCAAGAUGCAUCACAGAGUCCACUAUUUAGAUACAAUCGACACCAUCGGUCAUCCCAGUGAAAAAGAAGUGCGUUUAUGCGAAGAUCUGACCGACAGGCGAGUAUCGGUCCGAUGUCCUCCGCAGUGUGCCCCCAACAAAGACAGAGCGUUACUCAGAGGGUUAGGGGACCGCCUUAGGAGGGAGGCCAUGCUCCGGAGUCAGAAGGCUGCAGCGACAGCAGCUAACCCAGCCCAUGGUCCUACCCCGCCAAGACCCUACCCAGUCAGUAAAACAGUACACACCGUGAGGUCACCCAUAAGUCGUGGGAUGGAGAUCGAUGUGGAGUACGGCACGGAUGACAAUGAGGAAACGGACGUGUGUGCUUCUGGCGAGGUGGUGCUGGAACAGAUGAGCUCAGAGUGGUGGAUCGAGGGGGCGGAAAUGAAGCACCGAGGACCUUCUUACCGCCAAGGAACAAUGACUGAGUCCUUGGAGCCCACUGUACUACCAAACUCCGGGGCAGGUCCAUCAUGGGGUCAAGACUCUGAACUCUCCUCUAAAUCGAUUGGUUUACAAAGCAGGCAGUUCAAAGGUUCUUUUGAAUCACCAAAGACGAAAGAUGACGCUGAAUUCCGAAUCUUCGUGGCCCUCUUCCCUUAUGACCCUGCCACCAUGUCACCCAACCCGGACGCUGCCGAGGAGGAACUGCCUUUUCGAGAGGGACAGAUCAUUAGAGUUUACGGGGAUAAAGAUUCAGAUGGGUUCUACAGAGGGGAAUCUGGUGGUCGUUUGGGCUAUGUGCCUUGCAACAUGGUGUCUGAGAUCCAGGUGGAAGAUGAAGAAACCCGGCAGGAGCUUCUGCAGCAGGGCUUCUUAACGACACCACCAUCUAUUGAGAAGAUAGGCACUCGCACAUACGCACAGCUUCCACGCCGCCCCGUUCCACCACCGAAACCGAGACGAUCCAAGAAAGUAGAGUCUGCAGCACUCUGGGAGGAGAGCAUAGACUCCUCCAGUCAAGAUCCAAGCGUGGCAGCUGCUGAAAAUGCAGCAAACCCCGACCCAAAAUCUCGUCGGAUGGUCGCCAUCUUUGAUUAUGAUCCACGAGAGAGCUCCCCGAAUACUGAUAUUGAGGCUGAGUUGACCUUUAGCGCUGGGGACAUCAUCCAUGUGAUUGGCGACAUGGACGAGGAUGGCUUUUUCUAUGCUGAAUUGAACGGACAACGAGGCUUAGUACCCUCCAACUUCCUGCAGGCUUUACCGGAAGAUCCUCCAGCCGAUCUUGUCUCAGCUCAGGCAGCACCAGAACACAAGAAGGAAUCACAGGGAAGCUCUUCUAUCGAGCUUGAGGAUCCAGGUCCGUCAACAAGCCAGAAUACUCUGCUGCCACAAACAGAACCCAACCUAACGGAGCGUUCAGAACCACUACCAGAUCUGCAACUGCCCGCAAACACCACAUCAGACCCGGUUCCAGGCCCAGCUCCAGUGAAUGCCUGCUCUGCACAAAGCAAGAAGAAGAAAGGCUUCUUCUCCAAAGGCAAGAAACUAUUCAAAAGGUUUGGCUCCAGCAAGAAAGAAUGAAAGGCAGGACCUCAAACUUGAUGCUUUUUUUUUUUUUUUUUUUUUUUUUUUUUUUUUAAAUGAAGCACUUUUUCUCAUUAGAGGCUGUCAGAGCUAAAAACUGUCGCUAAUUGUACAUUUGCCUUAGAACACUGUUAGACAAGUUGGGAGCAACAGUCAUGAUUGACGUCCAAUCACACUGCUCAUUUCAUCCUUCUGCUGUGUAUUUACUGUAAAUGAGUUUGUCACAAGUAGACGUCCAAUCAAUUUGAACUGGGAGGUUGGCAGUGAAUAAAUGUUUGUUCAUACAUUGCCUGGCCUCCCAAAUAGUGUUAUAUGAUGAAUCAGGUCAAAACGAUGUAAAACUUUCGAUAUGUUACAUGUCUAUCGUUUUUAUCGCCAUAAAUAGACCGGUUUCCUAAACGCACAUUUUGGUCAGCAGACGGUACCCAAUUUGAGCUGAGUUGCUGCAGUUAUGGGAUUCCAUAUGCCAUAGUAGUACCACUAAUCAGACUCAAGAUGUCACCCUCUAUAGUUGUUGGCUUCCCCUGCUAACCGUACGUGAAUAAUGCAUGCGAGACAAUUGAAAAUAACAACAUAAUCCACACGGAACACAGGCAACACAAUUCGUUCCAGUAUUAAUAUUAAUUUAUUAUUAUUCUGGUUGUACCUGGGUUACGAACAAGUUCUGUUCCUACGCUAGCGACCUAACCAGAAUUUCAGUGUAAAUUGGAAUCAACCAUUUAUGUACCCCUAAAUACUCCCAAAAUCUUCAAAAUAACUAGCCAAAAUCAUGUAUUAUAAGUCAUAUUAAUAAAAUAAAGUAAAAAGUAACAUGCUGUACUUACCAUCAAUGCUAAGAGGUGGCUGGACGAGAAACUAGCCCCUUUCAGACAUUCGCUGAACUCCGGUUAAGACCCAGGAUUCUGGGUAGCCAUUAUGUCCGUAAGCAAUUUUCCAGGUCGACUGACACGGACAGACCCAGGAUUCUGGGUAGCCAUUAUGUCCGUAAGCAAUUUUCCAGGUCGACUGACACGGACAUUAACCGGGUCGCGUCCUAGUACAACGUUCGGGACUUAACCGAGACGCAAAAGCAGCCGGUUAUGUCCCGGGUCACAGCGCAAAGGCUAAUGAUGAAGGCUGAUGACAUAAAUAUCCUGCCGGGCCGAUCGUUAUUUCCUUUUCCUUCGCAAUAAGAUGAAAAACGGUAAACAAACAUCACAAUUAUCAAUAUGGCAAAAUUAAAGUGGAAACAUGCUAAAAUUAAAUUGCUACUGGAUCUUGGAGCCGAGUAAGAGGAGAUAAUGCCGACCAAAAAUGACGUAAUGUCCAGGUUAUAAAAUCCCGAUCCCCGCACGGAGAGCGGCGAGUCUGGAAGUGUUCAACCUGGGUAAUUCCCAGUUCAUCUCCCCAUGUCUGAAAGCCAUCACACGGGAAUUAAGCGGGAUAUAAGUCUGGAAGAGGUUACUGUUACGUGACAAAGAUAAAUAAAUGACUGGAGACAAAAUGGGGGACGAGACUCCGGUGUCGUCAAGUCGAAAUCACGUCGGGUAUGUCGUAACUCGGGGACUACCUGUAUACGGCAGUCUUAAAAAUCAAAACUACUUGUAACAAGUAUUACAUACUUUUAAGUAAAAUAUAAUGUAUAUCUUGGCACAUCGAUAUUGUGAUAUAAUAUGGACCAUACCGUGAUAAAUUCUUUCCCCAUAUUGCACAGCACUAAUUAAAAAGAUGAAAAGAGCCACGACUGGACGUCUACCAUCGUCAGUGGCACUGAAAUAUUUAAUACAUUCUCAUUGAAAAAGUAUAAUAAUGGAAGAUAGUGUGCAUGCGUGUGUACGUGUGUGUGCGCGCUUUUGAAAGAAAAUGCCUUUCUGAAGAAAAUCUUUAAGUUGUCACCACUGGCCAGAGUGUAGGUGUAUUUAGGAUGCAAUAAUAGAAGACCAGAAUGGUGUUUUCAGAAGACUUUUGAGGGAUUUAUAUAAAGGUAAAAAUACAUCACUUUUUGGGUAUUGUAGGCCACACUUGUAUAGCAAAUGUUACCUCACUGUGUCCCAUUGACGGCGAUAGAUGUCCAAUUGUGUGGCUCUUUUCGUCCUUCAGUUGUGAAUUUAAAUGAGUUUGAUGAAUGAGAAUGGGUUUCAUAGUGUAAUGUGAAGAUUAAAUCUCGUCAAAAUGAGUUUACCAAUAGUAAACGUCCUGUCCAUUUGAAGUGGGUGGGUGGUAUCGAAUGAACGUUUGUUGCUUCACUCGCUGCCACCUCUCCCAAUUGAAACACACUGGAUGUUUAUCGCCGUCAUUGGCAGCCAAUGAGUUAAUAUUGACCCAAAAUGUGAUGUCUAUGUACUGUAUGUGUACACCAGGCGUUAUAGGGUUAGGGUUGUUUUUAAUUAUCAAAAAUAGUCAAUUGCUCUAUACAGGCUGAUAAAAUUUUAAAAUUUUUAUCAAAAGUAACACAUGGACUUCACUAUCAGUUGACGAGACAGCUCCGACAGACAUUGCGCCAUGGCUUCCCGUAGGGGGCCGGGCCAGGCAUAGCGUCGUGGCAGCUUUUACUGUGAUAAACUCACAGCUUUUAACCAAUAAUCUGGACUGUUUUUGUGGGAUUUACGCAUUUACAAGAAUCUUCAAUUUAAAAAGCUUUUUGUUUCGUGACGGCCGCCAUGUAGGAUUACACAAUACCGUAACUUUUGCUUGAACUAUUUACAUGAAAUGAACGAUAACUGCCCGUUUUUUGCUUAACACCAAGAAUCUAGACUGUUUUACGUUCAUAUCUAUAGAAAUUCCGCAAUGUAAGCAUUUAUUUACAAGAAUUUUCAACUUAAAAAGCUUUGUUUUGUGACGGCCUCCAUGUUGGAUUACACAAUAUCGUAACUUUGACUUGAAAUAUUUACGUAAAAUGAACGAUAACUGCCCGUUUUUUGCUUAACACCAAGAAUCUUGACUGUUAUAUGUUCAUAUCUAUAGAAAUUCUGCAAUGUAAGCAUUUAUUUACAAGAAUUUUCAACUUAAAAAGCUCUGUUUUGUGACGGCCGCUAUGUUGGAUUUUGUAUCUCUACAAAAUAGUGAAAUUCAACCUAAAUUAGUUGCGAUUGUAUAUAGAAAAAUGCCAAAUUUGCUUUUGUUGAGUAAAAGUAGGAUGAUUCUGCAUGCUUUCCUCAAAUAUUCUGUAAAGUUUCUGAUGUGAAAAUUGAGUGAUUUAUUAGCGGUUGAAAACUUGCACUAAAUUAAAAACUAAGUUGCUAUUUUGGACAAAAACUUAAAUGAGGUGUUAAAUAUUGCUGUUGAUCCUGAAAAUAUCUGUGAUUAUCCCUGCAUUUGGUGAUUUUUGAGCAUUUAGUGUAAAAUUUUAGAAUUUUAUAGCCAUUUUAAGUUUUGUUAUAUAUUACUUAAACAAAAAAUUAUUAAUCAGGGUUUUAUCGGAGACAACUUUGAAUUUUUUUUUUUUUAAUCUCUGCUCAUGGAGACUCAUAUAUGCCUAAGGGAGAUGCCUGUUUUGGAUUUAGGUCGCUAGAGGCUUUGGUUUUGAGAAUAUUUUAAUUUUAAGUUUUUGAAAAUAGGCCCCCUACGGAUCGGCCCUGAGCCCUGUUUCCCGUCAACUGAUAGUGAAGUCUAUGAGUAAUGUACUUAAAGUGCAAAACUUAUUUUCUCUUUCCUUAUUUAUCCUGUCAGCCCCCAAAUACCAAGCAAUAACUAUAAAAAAAAACUCACAUGGAAUAAUCGUUUGAAUAAUUGGUUGCUCGAUUUCCUUUUUGGCAAAAAAAAAAAAAAAAAACAACAUAAAAAAGUUUUUUUUUUUUUUUUUCGGAAUUAAGAAAAACUUAAUAAUUCAUGAAAAUGUACCACUCAGGUCUGUGCUGAUUGGCCUCAACUAUAUCUUGAGGUGGGUGUGUGACAUGUUAAGCUGUUAUAUGUGAUCCAGUCCAGUGUGACUGAAGUUGUCAGCAUAAAUGUUCACACUAAAGCAUGAUCACUUCUGUUUCAGUUGGAGAAAAAUAGCAGUCCACUACGUAUUGUUCCGAGGCUUGUGGAUGCUGUGUGAAUUGUGUUGUACUUUGUGCACGAAGUGCAGUACAAGGAAAUGUGUGAGCUUGUAACAGCGCCCGCAGUUCUUCCUGUUGGUAACUUCUCAGGUUCUUUGUAGCUGAGCAGCCCUCCAAACCCCCCAUUAAGAAAUAGAAAAAGUGAAGAAAAUGCCAAAUGCUUGAGGUGCUUAUACUUUCCUGAUAAGCGGCAAAGGGGGAGAGUCUGUUCAAGUUCAUGUCGUGUUAGUUACUUAACCUAGUUGAGUAGUUAAGCAAUUAGUCAGAGGGUGCAUGACGAUGCCAAGACUGUAAAUGGGUGAGGGAUCGUUGUCAUCAUUUGAACGCUUUAUUUUGUAAAAUAGCCGACAUGCAGGCAAGGCUGCGAUCAUUUUUUUUAGAGGACAGAUUUGUUUCUGAAGUGUAUAAAAACAUAUUUCUGCUGUUGUAUUUUCGGCCUUGAACGCACAAGUAUUAUCUCUCCUGCACUGCUCCCACUCUACAUAAAACCCACAUACACGUAGUUAACAGUAUUUAGCCUUACAAGAAGACAUGGUUUAGUCUUACUAUGGUGUUUACAAGAUGUUUGAUUGCAUGAAACCAAUAUUAUGCCCAUAUUCUGCCUUAUUUAUUUGUUUUCUUUGACUUGUAGAUUGCUGAAAUGCAGUGUAAAGAUAGUUGGAGGAGUUGUGUAUAUAAUGAACAGUGUUUGAUCUUUUUCCUGAAUUUAUAUUGUAAAAUUGGUUUUAUAUCACAUUAUAAAAAUGUUUUAUUACCUAUUUGAAGCUCAUCUGUACAUAUAUUCUUUUGCAUGUUCAUGCAGUGUUGAUGCGAUAAAGGCGUGGUAUGCAAUAUUAUUUAAAACAUGAGUCUUUUUACAUGAAAUAAAGUAUGUAUAUUUUCACAUUAAACCACAGAGCAUGUGAG